UCCCAGCUUCCGGUGUAAACGGAAAGCAGCAGAAGAGAGCAGUACUGCCUUGUAACGUCAAGUGUGCCAAGUGAGCAGGACGCUAAUAAGUCAGUCUUAUUAUUUGUUAUCCAGUUUAUAAUAUUUACGGCGCAUAAAAUACAUCUUUGAUUCAUUAUUUAAGGAUAAAGUGGUCUCGAUGCGCUAGAAGCACUGUGCCGCUUCUCGUGCUAUCUUUGCUUGUUAGUUAGCUUAGCUGGCUAGUUAGCUUAGCUUGUUAGCUGCUAACAGAAGACACAGAAGUUAUCAACACAUCGCUAAGUAGAGAUCAAGUGUGAGAGUAAAGUGUUGUGAUUGUGUGAAAAUGUGCGAAAGUAGGAUAGCAAAGUAUGAGGAGGAACUUUGUCCAACAAAAGAGGAGAAGGAGCGACAACAUCAACUACUGGACGCUGUUUUCAAGAAACAUCAAGUUGUGUUACACAGAACAGAUGUCUGUGAAGAACAUGUUCUGCCUGAAAAACAGGAGUGUAGCUUCAGGAUGGUGAAGGAGGAUCCAUCGAAGAGGAAGACCAGGCACCACGGACCCUCUGGCGUCUCCUUUUCCUCUUUGACACAGACCCUUCCCAGUAAAAUGGAAGAGGAAGACUCACUGAUGCCCCACAUUAAAGAGGAAGAGGAGGAACACAGCAUCACUCAAGAGGGAGAUCAUCUUGAAGGACUGGAGGAGUUCCCAGUGACUGGUGUCCCUGUGAAGAGUGAAGAUGAUGAGGUGAAAGGUGAAAGUGAGGAGAGGGGAGGGGGGGAGCCUCCAAGCAGCAGCUCAACACAACACAUGACAACAGAAGCUGAUGGAGACCACUGUGGAGGAUCACAAGCAGACAAGCUCUUAGCUCCACUAUCAGAUAGUGAGGACACAACGUCACACUCUCCUGACACUGAUGAUGAAGACUCUAAAGAUGAUAAGACAUGUCACACUGACAACACUCACUUCACAUGUCCUCACUGUCACAAAACCUUUAAAUACCAUUGUCGUCUGAAAAGACACAUGAAAACACACACUGGAGAAAAACCUUUUUCUUGUUCAAUCUGUAGUAAAGGUUUUGUUGAAAAGCAGAGUUUGAAAAAACACACAAUAUUACACACUGGUGAAAACCCUUUUAUCUGUUCAAUCCGUGGUAAAGGUUUUGUCGAAACUCAGAAAUUGAAAGAACACAUGAGAACACACACCGGUGAAAAACCUUUUUCUUGUUCAAUCUGUGGCUUAUCUUUUUCAAGGAAGCAACAUUUGAAAGUACACAUGAGAACGCACACUGGCAAAAAACAUUUUUCCUGUUCAGUCUGUGGUAAGGGUUUUACAAAUGGUCACAAUUUGAAAGUACACAUGACAACGCACACUGGAGAAAAAUCUUUUAUCUGUUCAAUCUGUAGUAGAGGUUUUGUUCUAAGUAAAUAUUUGAAAGUACACAUGAGAAUGCACACUGGAGAAAAACCUUUUUCUUGUUCAAUCUGUAGCUUAUCUUUUUCAAGGAAGGAACAUUUGAAAGUACACAUGAGAAUACACACUGGCAAAAAACCUUUUUCCUGUUCAACCUGUGGUAAAGGUUUUACACAAAGUCAGAGUUUGAAAAUACACAUGAGAACACACAUUGGAGAAAAACCUUUUUCUUGUUCAAUCUGCGGUAAAGGUUUUACACAAAGUCAGAGUUUGAAAGAACACAUGAAAAUACACAGUGUAGAAAAACCUUUUUCUUGUUCAAUUUGUUGUAAAGAUUUUUUAAAUCGACAGUCUGUAAAAGUACACAUGAGAACACACACUGGCGAAAAACCUUUUUCCUGUUCAACCUGUGGUAAAGGUUUUACACAAAGUCAGUGUUUGAAAAGACACACUAGAACACACACUGGUGAAAAAUGACAUUUCUGUUGAAUCUGCAACAGAAGCUUUUGUGACCGAUCAAAGCUUGUAAGACACAUGAGAAGACACCCAGGAGAGAAAGUGUUGAGUUGCAGUGUGUGUGGUGAAAGAUUGUCUUCUAAGUACCAGUGUAAGAAACACAAGUGUGCUGGUGAGAACAGCAGCAGCAAAUGAAACUGCAGGAUUUGAAAUAAACUGUCCAGACUUUCAUUUUGACUUUCUAACAACAUCAGCACAUAUAACAUGUGUGACAUUGUUGUUUGUCUAACAAACUGGUUAAUAUGCUUCUACAUUUAUAGAUUUGAUAAUAUGAAAUAUUGAAGUGUGACAUAUUUGUAUUUGUAAUUGUUAAUAAUCCCAUAGAUUAUCACCUUUAUAUGAUAUACAUAUGUACUGGUUCACAUCUGAAACAUCUUCUGGACCACUUCAGGAAGCAUAUUAUUAUUUACUUUAUACAUCAUCUGAACAGUUGUCUUUUAUACAGUUUUAAAAUGUGUGACUUUAUGAAUCAUUUGUUGGGUCUCUAUAAUCCAGUUUAUUAAUGAUCUUUAUUACUGUCUUUUGUAAUAUGAUGAUUGUGUUGUGAUUGUUUCAUAUGUAUGUCCCCAGACCUUUAUGCAAUAUAAAAGUGAGAGAAAAUGGCUGAAUUGUUUGUGCAAGGAUGGUUUUGUUUUUACAAACUUACAUUUGUGGAUAAAACAAAAACUCCUAUUAUUGUGUUUUAAACAUUUUUAUGGUUGUUUUUCUUUUUAACAUCCCCAAAACAAUAUCAAUAUCAAUCAAAGUUUGUCGUUUUGGCAAAAGCCAAUAUUAUACAUAGAUUUACUUUGCAUACAUUCCCUAUCACAGAACGAACAAGUGUUGUCUUCAAUUGCAAUUCAAUAUCCUAAAAAUUAUUUUAAGUGGUCAAUUCCGAUGUUGUUUUUUUUCCAAAAUG